AUGCUUGUUGAGGAGGCAUCACUUGAGGCAGGUCUCUCGGAUGGUGGAAUGCUGUGGUCGCGUGAACUCUUGCUAUGGGAUCCAAACAUAGAUCUUUGGAAUUGCAAAUUAAUCACUUUGGAAGCAUGGGAGGAGCAGGAGAGCAGCGCAGGCCGCUCUUCAACGAUUGGAGCGGCGCGCAAACGGUUUAAGGUGGAGUAUUGCCUUGCGUCGAGUGCGGGUUCAGCACCCGACAACGCGAAUGUUGCAAAGUCAGCUUCUCCAUCUGUCGCAGAUGCAAAGGUAGCUUCAGGCUCUUGCUCCUUGUGA